AUGGGUCGGGGUGCUGACUGGGAAGCAGGUGCAGGAACGGUUGAGAACAUCCUCAAGCCCUCACCGGAUUCUUCAAUCUUGAUUUUUGGGCUUGGAACAGUAGGUUUGACCGCUCUCAUCGCAGCGAAGUACCUCGGAGUGAAACAAAUCAUCGGCGUUGACAUCGACGACCACAAGCUCCCCCUCGCGAAAGAGCUAGGUGCGACGGAUCCACUCAACUCAUCGAAAGUCGCAGACCUCCCUACAAGCAUUCGCGACCUCAGCAACGACCUCGGCGUCGACUACGCCAUAGAAUGCACCGGCGUGCCCUCCGUAAUCGAGACGAUGCUCACCCUGCUCGCAAACCGCGGGACAGCAGUGACCGUCGGGUUGGCGCCAGCAGGUGCUCAGAUCAAACUCGAUCCACAGCAGUUCUUGAUGGGAAGCAAGGCGUGGUUAGGGCGGAGGGAGGGUGAUAGUGGGCCGCAGAAGUAUAUUCCGCAUCAAUUGUAG